AUCAGCAAAUAGCCGGAUCCGCAAUGGCCCGGAUGAAGCUGAGGAAACUGGAGGAGUACCUUCAGGGCGUUGAUGGCUUCGAACAGCCCAAGAUCCUGUUGGAACAGUACCCCACUCCGCCGCACAUAGCCGCCUGUAUGGCCCAUCACAUGCAGUCGCAGCACGAGGACAUCGAGGGAAAGCUGGUCGGAGAUCUGGGCUGCGGCUGCGGAAUGCUCAGCAUUGCUUCCACUCUGCUGGGCGCCCAGCUCACUGUGGGCUUCGAACUGGACGGCGAUGCCGUGGACACCUUUAGGGGCAAUGUAGUGGAGAUGGAGCUACCCAAUGUCGACUGCGUGCGGGCGGAUGUGCUGCAGCUGAUUGGUAGCAAGUGGGAGAAGUCCUUCGACACGGUGCUGAUGAACCCCCCAUUCGGCACGAAACACAAUGCCGGCAUGGACAUGCGGUUUCUGGAGGUGGCCCUACGAUUGGCCAACACAGCAGUUUACUCCCUCCACAAAACGUCAACUCGGUCGUACAUUCAGAAAAAGGCACUGGAAUGGGGCGCCCGCGGCUCUGUGGUCGCCGAACUUCGUUACAACAUCGACGCCAGCUACAAGUUCCACAAGCAGAAGUCAAAGGAUAUCGAGGUGGACUUCUGGCGCUUUGAAAUCGGUCAGGAAUAAUUAUAUCGGUUGCAUUUAGUUUCGGACAUUAUAUGUAUUUGUAUUUUAAAUUGUAGCACAUUAAAAUUUAUCGUAUGUGUUAUCUACUCCA